UGCCAGCCCGUGGCUGUAGGGGACUGGGACAGACCAAGAAGUGCUUUAGCCGGUAGUGCUGAAGUGCUCAUGAGGUGACUCUGGUAAUUCGGGGCAGGACAUGCGGUGCCCCUUCUCUGGGUAUGGCGAACGUCAGGGUGGCGCUGCGGGUACGACCUCUCAGCAAAAGAGAGAAUGCAGAAGGAGCAAGAAUCAUCCUGAAUGUCGAGGAAACGGUGACAAGAAUCAGAAAUGUGAAGCUGGAUCAUAAACCAGAUGGCUGUGGUGACACCAGAGAGCGUUUUCUGGAGUUUGGCUUUGAUUACUGCUAUUGGUCGGUUGACCCAAAUGAUCCAAAAUACGCCUCUCAAGAAGUGGUUUUCCAAGACCUCGGUACCUCUGUUCUUUCAGAAGCUAUUAAAGGGUACAAUGUCUGUCUCUUCGCAUAUGGACAAACGGGUUCAGGAAAGACGUACACCAUGAUGGGCACUCCAACCUCUAUAGGAUUAACACCUCGUAUAUGUGAGGGUCUGUUCUCUUGUGAUGAUGGCUUUCCAGGAAGUCCGUCUUCAUGCAGGAUUGAAGUCAGUUUUCUGGAAAUCUAUAAUGAGCGUGUUCGAGACUUGCUGAACCAGUCGGACCAUAAAAAACCUUACACUCUGCGAGUGCGGGAACAUCCAGAGAAGGGACCAUAUGUGCAAGGCUUAUCUCAGCAUGUAGUCUCAGACUAUGAGCAUGUUGUAGCUCUGCUGGAGGAAGGGAUACAAAACAGAAUUACAGCAGCCACUCACAUUCAUGAUGCCAGCAGCCGCUCUCAUGCCAUUUUUACCAUCCAGUACACACAGGCCAUGCUGGAAGAUAAUCUGCCAUCAGAAAUUACAAGUAAAAUAAACUUAGUAGACUUGGCCGGCAGUGAAAGAGCUUCUCCAAAUUACUGCAAAGAUCGUUUAACUGAAGGCUCCAACAUCAACAGGUCCUUGGUUACACUUGGUAUUGUCAUCUCUACGUUAGCCCAAAAUUCACAGAUGACAAGUAGCUGUCAAAGUAUCAAUAGCAUAGCCAGUGAUGGAGACAGCGGCAUCCCUAGCAGCCCCAUGGGGGGGAGCAUGAAUGGUUCAAAACGAUUGCCUUAUAUUCCAUAUAGAGAUUCUAUAUUGACCUGGCUACUGAAGGACAGUUUGGGCGGCAACUCGAAGACCAUAAUGAUUGCAACAGUGUCGCCGGCGAGUGGCAGCUACAAUGAGACCAUGAGCACCUUGCGAUAUGCUUCAAAUGCAAAAAAUAUUAUUAACAAGCCAAGAGUAAAUGAGGAUGCAAAUGUAAAACUGAUUCGAGAUCUCAGAGAGGAAAUUAACAGGCUAAAAAAUAUGCUAAGGAACUUUGAAAUGAGAACAAUCAGUCCUUCAUUCAGUGAUGAAAAAGAAGGGAAUCUCACAGAAAUAGUUCUUCAAAAUGAAAUGAAGAUCGAGCAGCUCACCAAAGACUGGACAGACAAGUGGACCGACAAAGCAGCUAUUAUGGAGCAAUACAAUGUGGAUAUAAACAAAGGCAAAGCAGGACUGACCAUAGACCCCUCUUUGCCUCAUUUAAUAGCAAUGGAUGAUGAUAUCCUAAGUACGGCAGUAGUCAUUUAUCAUCUCAGGGAAGGAAUUACGAACAUUGGAAGGAGUGAAUCAGAACAAGACCAAGAUAUCGUUUUGCAGGGAGAGUUUAUCGAGAAUCGGCACUGUGUGAUCAGUAACCACAGUGGCACUGUAGAACUCCGGCCGUUCCCAGGAGUACACUGCACAGUGAAUGGACAAGAUGUAACAGAAGCCUGUCGUCUUUCACAAGGGGCAGUAAUUGUUUUAGGGAAGACCCAUCGAUUUAGAUUUAAUCAUCCUGCUGAAGCUGCUAUACUCAGGCAAAAGAGAUCAGACAGUCAGGCUUCCAUUUUAAGCAGUGGAUCUCUAGAAUGGUUAGAUUUAUCUGGCGAUUUUUCAGCUUCUGAUAGAAACUCCUUCUUUGUAAAUAAAAGAAACACAGACCCAGUGAAUGAGGAAAAUCAGCAGAAACUGAGAGAUCUGGAUGUCUUUUACCAACGUCGAGUUGAUGAGCAACAGCAAUAUGUGGAAGAGUUGAAGCAGCAGAUUAAGACAUCCCAAGUCAAAGGGGAAAAUGAAUUGGAACACGAGCAGGCAUUAAUUAAUCAGCUUAUUAAAGAGAACCAGCAGUGGCUUGUAAAGGAAAUACAGCAUCUGACAGCUGUUCAUUAUCCACGAAGAGAGUCGGCUGCCCAGACGGAAAACAAGACUUACGCAGAGGCCGAGGUUCAGAAUUCUGACCAGACAGACACCAAUCCAACCCCAGUUGAGAAAGACAGGAAGAGGCUGGUGCAGCUGGAGUUGUUGCGCAAUUGCUCCUUAAGAAGAGCCGAGAGGAAUAUUAAAAGGAAAAAAGUUAAGUUUCAGAUAGAGAGAAUAGUCAAGAAGCAGAAGCUGUUAGAGGCCAAAAAAAAUCUCCAAGAGCUCCAGGCGGUAUGUUGGAUCAGUGAGGACAGAUUAAAGCAGACUUCUGUACUGAAUUCAAACACAGCGCUUAAAAGAAGCAGAUCCUCUCCACCUGGCUGUGCUUACACCAGGAGAAGCUCCUCACCUUGGUUUUUACAGUCGUUUCCUACCUACAGUGCAUUCAAGAAAAGAAAAGGGGUAUCUGAGCAACCUUAUAAGCCAAGGAGAUCUGUGUCUGUAGAAUGCAUUCCAAAGACUUCAUAUAGUAGCUCAAGAAUAUCACAUUCCAAUAAAGAAAAUAAUAAUGUAUCUACAAUUCUCCACAAAAUCAAGAAGUAUACAUCUGAGUCUGUCCUGGAAACAAAUAAAACAGACACAUGCUUUGGUGCUACUCUUUUGAUAAACUAUCCACAAAUCAAGACGAUCGGGCAAAACAUGGAUAAAGCUGGAAGUAAAUCUAAAGGGUUUUCCUUUACCAAUUCUACUGACCCUCCUAAGAAAAACAUUGCUAAAGUAUCUGUAAAUGGAGCACACAGGGACACCAAACCUAAAACUUCAAAAAGUUCUUCUCUGCAAACUAGCAGUUUUAAAAAGAGCAGUAUACAGGGGACACACAAGGGUCACCAAAAGAAUGAAGGAACCAAGGGCCUCGCAGAAAGACCUACCAAAAACAUGCAAAGAUUAAACACUCAUGGCAAACCACCUUUAGGGCAAUCAUCCACUGCUAUAAAAAGUGUUAAACCAGUUUCCCAUUUAACCAACGUUCAAAAGAAACCCACAGAGGUGCAUGCUAAGAUAUCAUCUUCUGUUGAAAACAUUAAUAGAUUAAGCUGUGAUAACAGGCAUGUAAUUGAUAGGAGGUGGCAAAGCACAGAGCGACUAAGUAGGGGAUUUAUAAAACCAAAUACAGAGAUAUUAGAACAUUGUACUGAGGAUAAUGAGACUGGGUCGUCCGACAGUGAAAGCUUCUACUCCAUGGAUUCCCUCUCUUCUGCAUAUGCAUGUGUUCUAAAUGAACAGUUGAAAAUGGAAGAAAUAGAGAGAAAUAAAAAUGUCACUGAUAACAAAGGUUCAGACAGUGAGGACAGCCAGAUAUCUCAGGAUUCCUUGAUGGAACGAGAACAUCGAAAAGAAAAACACAAUAAAAAAAGAUUAAAUAAAUACAAGACAAUUGUGACCUCACAUAGUUUUUCUAAUGAACAGAAUGCUUCACCUUUGGUUAAGUCUGGUUCCAUCAGCAGUGGGCUUGCAAAAAGUUUUUCGUUGGAUAGUUUGGCUGAUGCUGAAGAUGUUCCUGAGGCUGAUUCAUCUGAAGAGGUUCCGGCUGAGAUCUUCUGGAAAUUGCAGAGUCCAAGAUUUUGUAUGCCUGAAAUGGAUGAUGAACAUAUGAACGACAGAACACUAGCAGCUAACAAUUCUGCUGCUGGAAUAAAUAGUUCUUUUUUCCUAAAUCUAAAUCUGGAAUUGUUCCCCAACUAUGACAAGAAAAUGGAAAGAGAAGAGAUACAUUCAAGGCCACAUGAAAAUGAUUUACAACAUGAACCAAAAAAUGUUACCUCUUAUGUAGAAGCUAGUACCCCCUUUUCACUUGAUUUAGGAGAACAGAAGAGUGAAACAGCUCGGGCUAUUGAUGCUGAGCAAUUUCACAGACAAGUAAAACAGCAAGACAGUAAUGAAGUCAUUGAAAAUAAUGGUUCUGGUAGUAAUAUUGUGUCACUACAAAAUGAAAACCAUGCAUCAUUGGAAACUAUAUCAAAAAAUGAAAAUGAUUCUGAUAACAAUGGGUCACCGAUCAAGAUGACAGAAAACAAUCAGCCGUCCAUAAAUACUGAAAUAAAAUGUCAUAUAUAUUCUGAUUCUGAAUUUAAUAACGAACAAAAAGAGCCCCAGCUAUAUUUCACAGAAAAUGUCGAUAUCACUUUAAAUUUAGAUAAUUGCAAUUAUACAUCUUGUAGCUCAGGGACAGUAACAGAAGUUGGGUCCACUCCAAAAUGUAAUACAAUCUUUGGUAAAGUUGAAUCUCCUUGUAUCAAGGAAAGCCGUGAUAGGCAGAUAGACACAGACGGAAUGCAGUGCAAUAUGUGUGAACCUGAACUUCUUACUUCUUCUGACGUCAACUCUUUGAAAUUAAAUGCUUCUUUCAGUGAAAAAUUUGAAAACCAAAACACGGUACAAAAUCUAGAAUAUCAGACUCCAAUUACUGUUACUUGUUUAAGUCAAUGUGAAGCCAAGGAGACAUUUUCUUUUUCUGUAAAUCCAAAUAAACAAGAAACAUGCCAGUAUAGACCUGAUGUCACAAAAAGCACUGAUCAAAAUGAAAACAAUAUAACUGUAGAAAAGCACGGGUAUACUUUUGAGGACAAUAAAUAUGCAGAAACAUGCCAAACUUCUAGAAGUUCAACAUCUGCACUAUCCACUGUUUCAGAAUUUAAAAGACUAGAGUGCCUAAAUAAUACAGUGAGCAUGCUUGGAACACAUGUUCAGCUUCAUAGUGAUGCAGGAAACAAAGACAAUAACAAACCAAACAAUAUGUUGGCUUUAUGUGACCUUACAAAAUCCAGACCAGCAAUGCAACCUGAAACACCUCAUUUACAGAUAGACAUUAAUGCCAAGGAAGAAUGCAAUUCUACAAAUUGUAAAGAAACUUGCAGAACUGAAAUACAUUCUGAAUCCAUAACCAACAAUGAAAUGGACAAUAUAUCUGAUGCCAUUCCUGGAUGCACUACAGGUUCAGGAGAGAUUAAUAUCAAAGUAUCAUCAGAAGAAGAGAAAAAAAAUACUUUAGAAAAUGACGAGACUAAUAUAAUCACUUUACAAACUAAUAGUAAUGCUAAUCUUAAAAGAAUAGAAAACAAUAUAAAAGUAUCUCCAUUAUUCAUAUAUGAUAGUAAUGACAUCAGCAAAUCAGAAUGCUCAGAAAUUAAUGUAAGUACAUUAGAACAAAGUGUUGAGGCCACAGAAAUCAAUUUGACACCAGUCAAAGCUUCUCAACUUCUUGGCAAUCAAGUAAGUGAAACUACAGCUGUGGAUACCUGUUCUUAUCCAAUAUCAGGUUUAAUAAAGAACUUAAAUGAUGUGGACGGAAGAAAGAUGGAAAUUAAUUCUUUAUUUACAAUUUCAAACACAACUGUUCCUAAUUUUGUGAAACAUUUGAAUGUUAAAGAAAUUAACAACGAAUCCCCUAGCAUUUCAGAAACCAAUGUAAUAUGUAUUCUUGAUGAAAAUUCAAACUUGUCAAAUUGUUCUAACAUUUUCAGAGAUAGGUUUAACUUGAACAACAACACAACCGAGAAAGGGAAUAAUUUUUGGAAUUCGAAUGAUGCUAAAAAACAAAAAUCUGCUGCUUAUCUGGGUCCAUUAUCUCCAAAGAACGUAGUAAGCAUUAAGGCCCAGCCACAAUGUAAUGUACGUUCUGAUGCUACAAAAGAAUUUAAUAACUUUCCUCAUGAAACAAAUAUUGUGUAUAUGCUGGAAACCCCCCCAUUAGAUAGCUGUUGUGAACAAUAUAGUGGAAGGGCAUGCAGGACAUGUGAAGAUGAUUUGUAUAGACUUGAUGCACUCUCUAAGGAGAGAAAAGCUGUGAUAUCAUGUGAAAAUAUUCAUAUAUUUCCAACAUCCUUUGAGCAAACAGUAUCAACAACCAGUGAUCAAGCAGGAAAAGCUUAUCUAUCCAAAAGCUGCAGUCUAACAGGAAAAGGUAUUAACCCUCAAAAUUUUGUUGGAACAUACAGAGAAAAUAAAUACAAUAUUUCUGAUGUCAGCACUGAUUGCCAUCCUGUUCCAGGUGAAAUAUCUGUUCUCUGUUAUGAUAAUAAGAAUGUACAGCUUUCUCAAGAAACACAUUACACAGUUGUUGGGUUGAAAGAAAAGUCAUCAAUGGAUACUUUGAAAGACUUUGAAGUAGAAGGGAACUCGAUUGCGACAGAGGAGUAUAACGAACCAAAGGGAAGUGAGCCUGAGGUUCAUUUAAAAAAAGCUGUUGAUUUAAAGCAUAUUCAUUGGGGAUUUGAUGAUAGAACAAAAAUUGUUGAUGGACUUAGGGGAUCCACCUUAGAAACACAAACAUAUGUAAGUGAAAAUGUCUGUCCAGAUUCUGGUGAGUUGCGUGUACAAGUUUCAAAUAUUGCUAUUUCUAAAACAGAUGACACCUUACACAUUCAGGAAAAUGCUUUGCUUAAUAAUUUAUUGCAAAAUAAAAUCAGCCAACCUACAAAUAAUAACAGUCUAGAGAGAUGUAGUAGCAAUCAAAGCAAUUCAGAAGCUGAACAAGAUCUCUGCAGCAUUCAAGUCUGUGAUUCAUUCAAUCGUCAACUUAAUAAUUGUAAAGUUUACACUUCAGUAGAUUGCAGCAAACACAAGGACAGUCCAGAUCCAUUCUACAUUGGUGUAAAUGCUAGAUCAAGUUCUUUACAAGAAAAUUCUGAAUUUAUAAACAAUCACAGAACAGAUACAAAGUGCAGCACAGGUUUGGUUCUCCCAUACUAUGAAACCAUAUUCCAGAAUGAAAUGCUUACUGAAUUAGUUUUGAAUAAAGAGAAAAAUCUCCCGUCUCAGAGAACUAGAGAAAAUGACUUUUUAAAAAACAUUAUUUCUACUAAAGGAAUGCGUGAUGACUGCUCUGGAACAAAUGCAAUUAAUGACUUGCAAGCAUCUUUUCUCAAACCAGUCCAGGAAAACAAUACAUUUCAAGAUAGUUCAAAAGAGACCAUUAUAAAGCCUGAAUCUUCUGAACUUGCAGAACAUAAUUCUAUACGUAGAUCUGGAAAGCCAGUGUGUGAAAAUUUAGAGUUUGUGAUGUGUCCAGAACUGUUUAAUGAAAAUUCUUCUUCAGUAGUUCCAUCUGCAUCAUCUUUACAUUCUGAAUAUUAUUCUGAAAAGUAUGGACCGGAUAUCAGCUGUAACUUAACAUAUUCAAAGGGCAAAUCUGUUGGUAAAACUAAGUUAUCUGCUUUUACGUGUGAACAAUUUGACUAUGUCUAUAGUGAAGGCUGUCAAGAGGAAACUAAGAACAAUGAUGAAAACCAAGAUGGAAAUCUAUCUAUAUCACUUACUAAUGAAAGAGAGAGAAUUUCUCUGAAACAUACUGAACACCUAUUGGAAGAUACUGUAAAUGAACAAGCACAUCAGUUGUUUCGAGAGACAAAUGCAUUAGAAAACCCUGAAUUUAGCCGCCAUGAAUAUUCAUUGCAAAACCCCGGAUCAGCACCACACAUAUCAGAGGCAGAUUAUUCAUGUUUUACUUCUCUAAAUGAUAACAACUUGAAAAUAUCUAAAAGAACUGAGUUCAAUAUGCUUUCUAGCAGUUGUCAAACUGAUUGUAAUAACCAACUUGCCAAAGAAAAUCAACAGGACAUAAUUAAUAAACAAGUAGUAAAUAAUUUAGAUCAAUCUUACAAACCGUCAGUCAGUGCUUCUCUUUUAGCAACCCGCCUAGGGUACAGUUCAUCUUGCUGCAACCAGAUAGUUAGUCAGAUUCAAGAUACUCAGUCCGGGGAUACUGAAAUGUUAAAUGGCCAGACAGUUUGCAUAGAAAAUCCAUUAAGAUUACAGGAACUGAAAUCUAAGGAUACAUCUUCUUACAGCUGUUUGUUAAAUGACCCUGAUUUAAAAUGCAGAAAACUGGAUCUUUUAAAUAAUAUGAGGAGAGAAGAUUGUAAGCAAAACGUAUGCACUUUUAAAGAAAACACAAAUACAUCCAACUGUUCACCUUGGAGUGAUGGCCUGCAUGUUGCAAGCAUAACUGGGAAAGAGCAACAAACCAAGACUAGAUAUGAAGUUUCUCCUUAUUUGGAUAACUCAAGAGAUAGUCAAGAAAAAACUACCAUCUUAUUUGACACAAUAGACAGUUACCAGAUGGCCCUUUUAAAAGGGGAUAUUCCAAAUAUAAAAAUGACUGAUGCUCUCUUUUGUAGUAGCAAUAAAUAUCAAUUCACAGAUGAACAAAAUAAAUGCAUGUUAGCUGCUAAGGAGAAUCAAAGUUUGGAUAAAUUGUUGAUUUCACAGUCUUCUGAAGCUAUUCUUAAUCCACAGGCUGAGUCUCAACCACCUAUCCAUGACAGUGAUUUUAAAAUAGAAAGAGGAAGUAUAUCUAAUCAAGAAAAUGUAGCAUUGACUGAAUCAGAAGUCAUCCAUAAUACUUGCACUACACAUACAACUACAAAUAAUAAAGCAUCAAGUUGCCAAUCAAGUAUUGGUGCUAACAAAUUGACAGAGCCUAGUUCUGAAUGUCUGUCAAGAACUUCUAAUACCAAUCUUUGCUAUGACUCAAAAGUUGAUGUUAAAGCAUAUUUAAAAAACAGAGAACAAUUGCAUUCCAUACACAACUUAAAUCAAGAAUUGUCAAAUCCAGUUGGUAAAGCAAGUGAAAAUAUUGGGGAGAAUAAGGAAGAGAUGCAUUUCUCUUCAAGCGACAUCAAUCCAUUUGUUCGAUCUUGGAAGCCAGAGGAAUGUUCGAGAGUUGGGUGGAGACAAUAUGCAUUUAACAGUGCAAGUGAUGUCUCUUGUAGAUUUCCAUUACAUCUGGAAGCUAAUAAAUUAAUGAGAUGUUCCAGUGUUGAUGAAGGUUUGAAUUCUCAUAAUUCUCCUUUUCAUUCUCACCUUAGGACAUAUGCAGAUGCUAGGGUAAUGGAGAGCACUUCGGAUAGUAUUGAAGGCUUACAGAUAGGCAGUGCACAAAAUUUCCAACUUGAACAUUGUGAAAACAGUCCAGAGUAUUAUUAUCCACUCUCCAGUGAAUCUAUUUCCUUUUAUACAAAAGAUGAAGGAUUGCCAUUUGACAGUACUUAUGACUUAGACCCAAAAUCUGAAAACUGCUCGAUGCAGGUGGAUGAAAUAAUGCUCUUGUACGCUUCAGAGUCUGAAACUUGUGAAGAAAAUAAUAUGAAGGUGUCUUUGGAACAGGGGACACAAACUGAAGUAAAACAGAGAAGAAUAAAUAGACAUCAACGAAGCCAGACAGAUGUAUCAUCAGUAAUGCAAAUAAAGAGUAGGAACCUGUAUCAUAGACCAGCAUCAUGGUCAAGUGUAAAAGAUAUGUCACUGCAUUUAUCUCAGCUCUUACAUGAGACGUCUGAACUCCUGGGCAGUCUUUCUCACCAUCAUGGUGUGGACUUCUGCCAAGGUGCUCUGAAAGAAAUAGGAGGAGAUACAGAAGCAUCAAGAAGAAGAGUCAAAGACUCAUCCACCCAGACUACUAUAGAUAUUGGUAUUCAAACAGAUUUGCAAACACAGAAUAGGGAUAUGCAGAAUCAGGCCAAAGAACAAAAACAAUUUUUAAGUAGUCCAGAGAUUAACGUUAUUCUUAAGGUAAUAGGAACAGAACCAUUGACGCCUCAGGCGUACCAUGCCUUAACAAUGCAAGCAGAUGGGCAGGAAGCAAUAAAAACAGUGACUCAAAGCUUACCAAAUCUACCAGAUUUUGUUAAUUCUAGCAAAUUAGACAGACCUUUAUGUCAAUCAACUGUAAGAGCUUCAACGCCAAAACUAGAUAGUGUCGAAGAAGUGUUUACUUAUGAGGCCUUUUCUCCUAUCAUAAUAAAAGAUUCUCCUGUUUCGCCCAUAUUAAAUAAAGAUAUUAAGGAAGUCUCUGACACUUUUGCAAAUAUGCCUCUAUCUAGCAAUAGCUGUAACUCAAUCUACUACAGUGAGCAACAGCGAUUAAUUGGGGAAAGGACUCAAACAUUAACAUCCCAUGGAAGCACCAUAAUGGUUGAUCGAGCAUCAUCACCAAUUUUAACACUGAAAGCAAGUAAAAAGUUACCUAAUAAAAUUAUUGCAGAAAAACCUUUGAACCGGCAAAAAAUCUUGAAAUUUCUUCAACAUCGAAAAAAGAAAGGAUCUAACAUUUGUGAACCUCAUAUGGAUAGUUCUUCGCAAACAGAAACUGAUACUGAAUGUUCCAGCACUCAAAGUAUCUCCAAAAAAAAUCAGAAAUCAGAAAGCUUAAAUAACAGUAAAGUUAAGGAGCCCAUUAGUGAGUUGUUUUCAGAAAAAAUAUUACAAAGGUUUAGAAGUGAAAAUUGCAUUCUGAAAGAAAAAGUUGGCAUUGGUCUAAGUCGUUCUAGUAGCACAUCAGAAAUUUCAGGGUUUGGAAGACCAUCAAUUGAAUACAGCAACUUAGGAAUCAAACAAUACAAUAAAUAUGAUCCAACCUCUGCAGCAACUUUAGAUGCACAUCACAGCAAGGUGUUACACCCAUGGGAAAGACCACAUUCUUUAGAAAACCUCUCUCAAAUUUCAGAUGGACAGAUUUUUCAAAACAGAAUUAGUCGACCCUUGUCAUCAACAUCAAGUAAAAGAUGUAAGGAUGAGCUUGAUUUCAGCAAUGUAACCAUAAAAUCAAACAAAUCAUUUUUUAAAAAUAAAAAUGGUACAUUCUCGGUAUCUGAAACGAGUGGACAUGGCUUAAAUUGCCAAGAUGAAGAUGGAGCAUCAGUUGCAGAAAGUGAUUGUAAUACAGAGGUCCUUCUGAACCAAUAUCAUUCAAGCCAAGAGAGCCAAAGAUCACAUAAUUACACCUUGCAAGACCUACCUCUGCACAAUAAAUUCAGCAAUUGGUCUGGAGUUCAAGGUAGCUUGCCUAGAACGGGUGGUCUAUUAGGAAGCGCUGCUGAUCUGCACCUGAGAGAAAGCCCCACUAAGACAGAAUCAUCUCAAGCUUGUGACAGUAAAGCUAGAGAAAUUGAAAGGCUGCAGAAGGAACGAGCAGAAAUCAUGUCUGGAAUACACCUAGAAAUCUCUAAUCAGCCUCUUACAGUGCAACUUGCAGAAGCAAAGCUUAACUAUGGCAUUGGUGAAACGGAUGCCUUACUGAGGGUCAUUCAGAGUGGGAAAAUGGAAGAAGGAACUUUCAUUAAGAAGCAACUGUAUGAAAGGCAUAUGAAAGUUAUUGAAAGUCUGCGUAAGGAGAGAGAGGAGAGGCUGCAGAGUUUCAGGCGUAGCCGUAGUCUCAGCCCCAUGAAACAACUAAGUUCCUCACAGGCGUCACUGACAUCGCUACGAGAGUCAGACUUGCCCAGCCGUCGAAGAGAAUACUUACAGCAGCUAAGAAAGAAUGUUGUGGAUAAUACCAGGAUCCAAGAACCAAAGAGAAGAGCGUCUCAGUGUCCCUCUGAGAUUGAACUGAUGUUGAAAGACUAUCAAAAAGCUCGUGAGGAGGCAAAGACAGAAAUUGCCAGAGCAAGAGACAAGCUUAGAGAGAGAGCAGAACUGGAGAAGAAGAGACUUCAACAGAGUAGUCAGCCAAAGGUGGAAGAAAUAAAACUGAAGACACUUCUGAGCACGAGCACUUUAUGCACCAGCUCUCUUCUUAGCUUGUCCUCAGGUCCAACAUCCGGCUAUAACAGCAGCAUCGCAGCCACGUAUGACACAAGCAGUAAACUGCACCCUCAGGAAACAAAGAUUUCCCCAAGAAAUGUGGAAGCUGGAAGUACAAGAGGUCGUUCUGCAAUCAGGAAGAGCCUUCUUGUGCCCUCCCAACAGUCUGAUUUAAAGACUCACAAGAAGGCAAUGGAAGCAAUGCAUAUUCCCAGCACAACAGAUUCCUGUUAUGGGACCUACAACUCAUUACAUCUAUCCAGCCUUGUCUCCUAUCAGGAGUUUGCUCGGCAGGUCCAGGCUAGUGCCACAGCAGAGGUUAUGGCAGCUUGCUCCACCAACCUGAUGACUCUGUUUAACUCCCAAGCAGCUUCCGGAUGGAUACAUCAGUGUAUAGAGAAGGGAGUGUCAGUUUAUUACAAGUCAUUUCCAUCUGCCACAAAGCAUGGCUUUCUUGGGGUGGGUGUUAUCAAGAGACCCUUAGAAGAUGUCUGGUGCAUGGUGAAGGACGUUAACACCAGGCGGCUGUAUGACCAGUCUAUCCUCACAGCUCAGGUGCAUCAAAGAGUAGGAAGUGGUAUCCAGCUUGUGCAUAUAAUGAGCGAUAUGUCUCUGUGCUACUUAAAGCAACCCAGAGAUUUCUGCUGCAUUACUGUGGAGUCUAAAGAGGACAAACGGUACAGCUUGUGCUUUCAGUCCCUGUAUAAUGAAUCCAUGCCUCGGCCAACUAAUGAUAUAGUACGAGGAGAGAUUCUUCCCAGUGCCUGGGUGCUACAGCCUGAUACUAUUAAUGGAGAGGAAAUCACAAGAGUUAUUUACAUGCUUCAGGUUGACCUUGGAGCUCCUUCUAUUCCUUUGAGGCUGCUCAGUGUGGUUACCAAGCGCCAACCUCUUGUUAUCGCAAGUCUUGCAAGUUUUCUUUCCAAAUGAGCAACCUUUCGCCUUCCGUUAACCAUGAGGAAGAAAAACCAACUUCUUCCAAACACAGGCAUCUUACCUUAAUGGUGAACAAGCUCAUCGGAUCUUCUCUGGAAAUAUAGUAAAAACAUGUUAGGUUUACUUUAUCAUGUCUUUAGGCAAGGCUACAAACCCAUAUUAACAAACAUCUGAAACUCAAAAACAAAUUUUAUUUGGACAGCACUUCUGUCUUAUAGAAGAUCUAGAAGUCUUCAUUGCUUUUCAGUUUGUAUGACAAUCAAUUGAUCCUUAAAAAAUAAUGGGUUUAUUCUGUGCACUUAUUCAAAUGUAUAUUCCGUAUGCUUCUUGAAUACAAGGCUAUUUUUUCCCAUGAAAACCUGCGGAUCACAUGCAAAUAUGGUUUAUAAAACAAUCUCUUUGGAGCUCCUUAUAUUCAGGCUAAACAUUUUUGUGAUGCUACUUGCACAAAUUCUAUACAGGAUUAAUGCACGUAGAAAAUUGAGUGCUAUAUACCUUUAGUUCAGGACCAGAGCACAGGUCUACAGUUAUUAUAUUUACUUUGAAAAUACAUUUUUUAAAUCUCUGUGCAUUUUCCUCUCACAUUCUAAACUUUCAGAUUAAUAUUAACCCUUUAAUGACCAGCAACAUACCCUGUACGUCGCUGGUCUUUGAAUUGGAAUUGUGAAUGAUAGGUCGCUCUAUUCAAUGACAGUCGCUACUAUGACCUGUAAAACCCUUAACGACCAGCGACGUACAGGGUAUGUCGCGACCGUUAAGGGGUUAAUACAUACACUUGGAGAUCUAUAAACUUCAUUAAAAGGGAGAUAAAACCCAAUUUUACUCUUUCAUGAUCCACAUAGAGCACACAAUUUUAAAAAACUGGCCAAAUUACAUUUACUUUAUUCACUGGCUAUCCUUUGUUAAAGGUGCAACAAUGACUUGGAAUAUAGCUGAACACAUCUGGAGAGCCAAUGACAAGAAACAUGUGAUGCCACCAAGCAGCAGCUAGCUCCCAGUAGUGCAUUACUGCUCCGGAGCCUACCUAGGGAUAUUGAAAUGAAGGAGAGUGUAGACUUAUACACUGUUAGCCUCUGUAGUAAAGUAUCUGUUACUAUGUUUUUACAGAAAUUCCUUAAAGGGACACUGAACCCAAUUUUUUUUCUUUCCUGAUUCAGAUAGAGCAUGAAAUUUUAAGCAACUUUCUAAUUUACUCCUAUUAUCAAAUUUUCUUAAUUCUCUUGGUAUCUUUAUUUGAAAUGCAAGAAUGUAAGUUUAGAUGCCGGACCAUUUUUAGUGAACAACCUGGGUUGUCCUUGCUGAUUGGUGGAUAAAUUCACCAAUAAAAAAGUGCUGUCCAGAGUCCUGAACGAAAAAAAAGCUGAUGCCUCCUUUUUCAAAUAAAGAAAGCAAGAGAACAAAGAAAAAAAUUAUAAUAGGAGUAAAUUUGAAAGUUGCUUAAAAAUUGCAUGCUCUAUCUGAAUCACAAAAGAAAAAAAUUGAGUUCAGUGUCCCACUUAAUCUCCAGGCUCUUAUUGGUGGUAACUCUUACUGGCCUUUCCCUUCAUGUGAAAUUAGACAUAAUAGCUUAUAUCAGUCAUCAACAGAACACAUCAAGCUAGCAGCAUGCAGUCACCAGGAUCCUGACCUGAGUAGCGUGUUCGGCUCAGCGAUCCCCAUUGUAGCAGUGGGAAGCAGAUUACCUGAGCUGUCAAAUAUUCCAUCCCAGGGAGAAGUCUACUCAUCCUUAACUCUUCUCCAAACUCAUCAAGGAUUGGGACAUCCCUUCAGUAAGUCUCACUGCCCGUUGUUUUUCAAUCUCCAAGUGUAUAGAUCACUGUUAGCACAUGAAGCAGAUGUUUGUAGGCAAUGGGGUUGUCACAAGGGUAAGUUCAAAACCCUUUCCCAACCAAUACUUACAAUGCAUUAUAUAUCUCCCCCCCAUCAUCAAAACGGACUUCUGCCAGUUCACAGAAUGUACCCUCAGAAUUGUGCUUAGGUGACACCACAUGUGGGCAUCAGUUGGCAUUGUAGCAGUAUGCUGACGGUAUGUGCAAUUUGGGUGUGGAGAUGGGACCAAUUGUGAAUGAUAAAAAAGGGUAAAAUCCAUUGCACACAGUAUUAAAAAAGCCUUAGGAAUUAAACACUAUUUCUUUUUAAAGCACUUCAUAUAUUUUUGAUUUUAAAGACAAAACAAUGGAAUGUGUCCAUAAAUGAAAAUCACUAACAAUGUAUUUGCUCUGUUCAGUCCAGACUGACACUUGUGGGAAAUAUCCUAUCCGAUAAUUUAAUGGCUAUCCAUAUUCAUAAGGGAUACUUGAUUUUUGUUUGCAAAUCUGUUGAAUUAAAUAAUAAGGUGUAUAAUCAUAGCACUUGGCCUGCUGAAUCUGUGCAACAAUUAAUACUACUGUACCUACACAACUUGCUAUGUAGCAAACAGGGAAAAAAAACCUGCCUAUUGUAUGAAGCUAAUUAAAAUUCUUCUCCCAACAAAAAUACAACAAAGAAAAACAGGAAUCUAUACUGAGGUAUCUUAUGACAAUUGUAUGAGUUUAGAAAACGAUUUUGGAAGAUCAGGAUAUUAUUUCCUACUCGUCCCAUGGGCUACAUUAUAAGUUUGCAGACAGAUUAGGAUCACAUUUUGUGAAUCUGUCCCUAUUUCAUUGCAAAUUGUGGGCACAUUUGUUUCUUAUAUUUAGCACUGCGCGAGUAAACGCUUGUGCAGCGCCACCCCUGCUCUAGCGCAACUAAUUGCAUGAGAGCUGGGCUUGUCAAUCCCCCCGAGCCAAAUGAGUCAAGGGUGAUUUUCAUCUGUCAACUGUGGACAGCUUGACAGACCAAAACUAAGUUUCUUCAAGUUUUAAAGCAAAAUAUGCAAAAGACAAGCGAGUGUGGGAAGGUGUAAUGCAAAUGUCUUAACUAUUACAGGGAGGUAAAGUAUACCCUGCACUUUGCUGUACAUUCAAUAGUAGCAGCAGGAACAUAUUGCAGUGCAAUAUGCAGGAUUCUCUUAAGCAGAUUAUGAAGCACUAGAUAAGUGAAUCAAAAGAGAAUGAAGGAUAAAGUUUUCUGUACAGUGCAAUAAAGGUUUAUUUUUCUAUAAAUAUAUAUAUACACUUUUAUAUGUUUACAAAAUAUAAGUUAUUUAUAAAUGCUUUUUCCUUGUCUAAUCAAACUUUGUACUCUAUACAUGUAAUAAAAUACAAAUCAUGAUGCAGUUA